GCUCCUUCCCUCCCUCCUAGGAUCCUAAGUGAAGUCAUCGUGCCCUGAUCUGGUCUUUUUAAGGCGGUGUUUUUAAGAGGGAGGUUCCUGCCAGGCAAAGAGCUGCUCUCAGUCGAGCAUCAGUCUGCACCUACUGCACUCAAGUCCCAUUCCUACAAACAGGAGUCGGCAUGGCUAACAAGGGCCCCUCGUACGGCUUGAGCAGACAAGUGCAGGACAAGAUCGACAGCAAGUAUGACAUGGAGCUGGAGCAGGUGCUGGUGGAGUGGAUCUCCCGUCAGUGUGGGGCCGAGGUGGGCAAACCUGAACCGGGCAAGAUGGGCUUCCAGGCCUGGCUCAAGGAUGGAUGUGUCCUCAGUCAGCUCAUCAACAGCCUUUUCCCUGGAGAUAAACCAGUGAAGAAGAUCCAGAGCUCCACCAUGGCCUUCAAACAGAUGGAGCAGAUCUCACAGUUCCUCAGCGCCGCGGAGAAAUACGGAGUCACCAAAACAGACAUGUUCCAGACCGUCGACCUCUGGGAAUGUAAAGAUCUCGCCGCUGUCCAGAGAACUCUCUCAGCUUUGGGCAGUUUGGCCGUUACCAAAGAAGAGGGAACGUACAAGGGAGACCCCAGCUGGUUCUUCAAGAAAGCACAGGAAAACAAGCGCGAGUUCAGUGACGACCAGCUGAAGGCGGGGAAGAACGUGAUUGGUCUACAGAUGGGCUCAAAUAAAGGCGCGUCGCAGGAGGGGAUGAGCUACGGACGACCAAGACAGAUCCUCUAAACACGACUCCACGAUAACGCCAACCUCCGCCAGUUUAACGCCGCCUGUAAACACUUCAGUCUGGUGCAUUUUUAUCCAACUAGUUUUAAAUUUAAAUAUUGUUCCUACACUUUAAAAUUGAAAAGCCAAAAGUUAAUUACACGUUAUAAUUUUCCGUCUAAUAAUUUAUAUAUAUAUUUUUUGUUAUUUGGCUUUAAUUGUUACAUUGAAUUAACAUAACAGUUUAAAUAACAGCAGAUGAAGUCAUAUAUUUAUUUACAGUCAUAAAUCUAAAUCUUUCACUCACAUUUUGGAGUAUUUUCAGUCUUAACCCUCUGCACAAAAAGCCAAAUCCCAAAGUGAACCAACUAAAGCCAGUACGAGCAUCAUUUUAUUGAAUACUAAAACUAAAUAUCUGCUUCCCAUAUCUGACAAAUAUUACUCUGUCAUUACGCAACUUAUUCAUGUUUUUAAAUUAAACUAAACUAUGCAAACCAAAUUAUACAGGAUACUGUUCAUACAUGCAACACCCGGUAACUCUGCAUGCAGUUUGAGCUCUGUUUUUGUAAAUUUUCUUAAUAAAUGAUCAU